GGCAUGUAGGAGCACUAUUUCCUCUCAUUGUCGAGCGGUCGUGAGCAGGAAGUCGGAAAAGAAAGCAGAAACUGAGGGGGCAGGGCCAUUUAAAAAUACCUGCUACCCUCCUGCAAUAACGGGACCACAGACAGUAGCCCUACGGGACAGUGCUGGGGAGACUCGCAGCACAAAAUGCAGCACAGAAAAGAAACCACGCUUGACGCAAACGCAGUUGCAAUGGAGUAAUUAAACAACGCGGCUGGAGGGACAUCUGCCUGUCAUUACGUAUUAGGCGCCUCAGAAACACAUAGGAUUGAAUGCGUGGAGAUAGAAAUCUAAUGCAAAGAAGCUACGUUGGAUGCACUUGGUAUUUAGCGUUCAUAAUGUUUGCUAUAGGUUGUAGAUAUUUAGUGCACUAAGAAGGAAGCAAAGCAGGUGCAUCUCUGAAGGCAGUUCAUUGAGCUUGACGUUGAUGGUGUUUCAGUUGAUGGUCUUUCUUUCACUGGAAGUGCACGCAUCAAAUGUAGGCUACUACUGAAUCAUUCCUGAAUAAUAUUUAAUAUGGCAUCUACAAUUGAACGGAAAACAAUGGAAACGAAUGAGGAGCCCGUGGACGAGGUGCUCCAGAUGCCGCCGUCGCUGCUGACCUGUGGCGGCUGUCAGCAGAGCAUCGGAGACCGCUUCUUCCUCAAGGCCAUCGAGCAGUACUGGCACGAGGACUGCCUGAGCUGUGACCUCUGCGGCUGCCGCUUAGGCGAGGUGGGCCGCAGGCUUUACUACAAGCUUGGCAGGAAGCUGUGCAGGAGAGACUACCUCAGACUGUUUGGUCAGGACGGGCUCUGUGCUUCCUGUGAAAAGAGGAUCCGGGCUUUUGAAAUGACCAUGCGUGUCCGUGACAAAGUCUAUCACCUCGAGUGCUUCAAAUGCGCUGCCUGUCAGAAACACUUCUGCGUUGGAGACCGCUACCUGCUCAUCAAUUCGGACAUUGUGUGUGAGCAGGACAUUUUUGAGUGGACCAAAAUUAAUGGCAGCAUAGUAUAGUGUUCUACUAAAGUCCUAAGUGAAACGUAACAUCCUGUCAACAUUCGCAACAAACCCUUUACUAAAAAAGAAUAAUUCUCUUUCUGGCUCCAGGAGCCACCGCUAUGGACAUGAUUUAAACUUUCAUCUCAUAUAUUUGAGAAAAAUUGCCACCAGCAAAAUACACUGGGUUUUCUAUUGGUGUAUUUUUAAUAACAGCGUAAAUAAAGUUUGUGAUGCAUUGCAAUAAAAGCUGAUUGCCUUUGCUACUUUCACAGAAAGUUCAAUUUGUUUAAGUAACACAAUUGCUAUAAAAUGUUAAAACAUCUUUCUUAGAGCCUAUAUAAAGAAAAUGACUUGUAUACUCAGGCUUUUCUUCUUCACAGGAGAGAGACUCACCAAUAACGACAUAUUAUAAGACAGAAAUAAUAAAUCAAAUACAGUAACGCUUUAGAUUAGAGAAUACACAUUCACUGUUAAGAGUUUUCCCUUAAUAAACUCCUACUUUGAUGCUUAUUAAUAGUUUGUAAAAUAGUUAAGUAUAUUCAUAUUUCAGUGAUGUCAUAACUGAAUCCGCAUCAUUACUCCACUCUUCAGUGACACAUGAUCUUUCAGAAAUCUUUCAGAUAUGCUGAUUUAGGACUGAAGAAUCAUUUCUUGAUUUUUGUUUUGUGCUGCUUAAGAUUUUUGUGGAAACCAUGAUACUUAACUUUUUUUAUCAUGUUUAGUAGAACAGUAUUUUUAAAUAUAUUUUUGUGUAAUGAUGUAAACUCUUUCUACUGUCACUUUUGAUCAGUGUAAUGCACCUUAUUAAUUUCCUUAAAAAUCUUACAGAACCCAGACUUUUUAACCAUAAUCUGUAUCAAAAUCAAACUAGGUGUAGUAUGUUAUUUCAUGUAAUUUUGGAGAAAACGUUUAGGUUAUGCAGUUCACCACUAUCAUGUGCACUAAUAGGCCUACAAACUGAAAAUUGAGAACAACUGUCAGAUUCAAUCUAAUCACAGCCAGAUUAAGGUCUGAUGCUAUAAAGAAAAAGUUCUCAUUUGUCCAGUCAUGUAGAUUAAUUCAAAAGACUUGAAGGAUACAUUGACAAAUCCGGAAAAAAAAAAAAAAAUC